AUGGCGCGCCCGAGAAAGGACGUCAAGUUCAACCACCAGGUCCGCAGCGCCAGCAACGGCAGGGCGCGGAGACCCUCUCAGAGCAUGUCCGAGUACAGCGACCCGGGCAGUCCGACUAUCAAAGAAGAGACGGCCCCUCCAGCCACCGAACAGCCCCCCCAGACCGAGUACGAGAAGAAGAAGGCCAACUUCAUAACGCGCACAACAUGGACCCUCGUCAUGAUUGCCGGCUUCUUCUGGGCCCUCGGCGCGGGUCAUCUCUUCAUAAUCAUCAUCGUCACGGCAGUCCAGGUCAUAUCCUUUAAGGAGGUCAUCGCAAUCGCAAAUGUGCCCAGCAAGGCCCGCAGCCUGCGCUUCACCAAGUCGCUGAAUUGGUACUUCCUCGGCACCGCCAUGUACUUCCUCUAUGGCGAGAGUGUCAUAUACUACUUCAAGCACGUCCUGAUGGUCGACCGUCUACUGCUGCCCCUGGCUACCCACCACAGGUUCAUCUCCUUCAUGCUGUACAUAAUCGGCUUCGUCUUCUUCGUCUUCUCGCUCCAGAAGGGCCACUACAAGUUCCAGUUCACCCAGUUUGCUUGGACGCAUAUGGCCCUCUUCCUCAUCGUCGGACAGGCGCACUUUGUCAUCAACAACAUCUUCGAAGGAUUCAUCUGGUUCAUUCUCCCCGUCUCCAUGGUCAUCACCAACGAUAUCUUCGCUUACCUUUGCGGUAUUACGUUUGGACGGACACCCCUCAUUCAGAUCUCGCCUAAGAAGACAUGGGAGGGCUUCCUCGGCGCCUGGUUCUUCACUGUUAUCUGGGGUAUGCUCGUUGUCCACUUCCUCGGCGACUACAAGUAUUUCAUCUGCCCGGUCAACGAUCUGGGCGCAAACAUCUGGUCCGGUCUCGAAUGCAGGCCAAACCCGGUCUUCAUCGCGCGCGACUAUACUGUUCCCUUCCUUCCCGAGGGUCUCCCCAUCCCGCGAACAUUCAACAUUAUGCCAGUGCAAUUCCACGUCAUCAUGCUCGGAACCUUCGCGUCUCUUAUCGCGCCGUUCGGUGGCUUCUUCGCUUCUGGCCUGAAGCGUACCUUCAAGAUUAAGGACUUUGGCGACUCCAUCCCUGGUCACGGUGGAAUGACUGACCGCAUGGACUGCCAGUUCAUCAUGGGCUCCAUUGCUUUCUUCUACUACUCGAGCUUCAUCGCCGUGCACCACACCACAGUCGGUGGAGUGAUUGAAGCAGCCAUCACUGGACUCACCUACGAGGAGCAAAUGGAGGUUGUCAAGAUCAUGAGCAAGCACUUGGUGAACCAGGAAGUAAUCUCACCAAAGGUACUGGAACUUCUUUCAGAGCAAGUGGUGAGGAGACCUCCGCUCGCCCAGCUCCCGACCUACAUCCUAUACGAACAUGUGCGGGCCGAAGGCGCCAAGGGAAACUUCGACGAAGUCAUGAACAUCUGCAGGGUCUUGAUCAAAGACAGAGGGGAGGUGCCGAACAGGGAGAUGUACACGGCCGUACUACACAGCUUCGUCGACUCCGUCAAUGGCACGGCGGGGAAGGUCCGCAAGGUGCUGGAAGAGAUGGGCUUCUGGGACGAGACCGAUGGAUCUCUGACCGGAAGGCCAAGAAUCUUGCUGGAUGCGCGGGGCUGUGAAUGCGUGCUUGAGGUGCUUGCAGUGCACCCGGACUACCUCCUCCGCACCGACAUCCUCGAAUACAUGAAGUCGCGAUGGUUCAUGCCAUCCGACCGUGCGCGCAACUUCAUCAUAGCCGGAAUGCUACGCGAGCGACAUUUCGAACACGCACUCGAGCUGCUGGAGGAGAUGGUCAGGAGCAAAGCACGCGUGGAGAGCUGGCUGUUUGACAAGGCUAUAUGGAUGCUGCUGGAAUUUGGGGAGGUCGAAGAAGCAUUCUACGUGCUGAGUCUCAAGGAGGGUGUGCAUAGCAAGAGUAGCGGAACAGGUACCGUCCAGCUCAGUAUCGCUCUCUGGGGAGCGUUGCUAGAUGCCGCGGCGCACAAGCAGCUUUACGCAGAGACGAGCCUUGUAUGGAUUGCGCAAGUUCAGCCGGGCUACCUGAAGCCUGGCACUGGCGCCUGCCUGCACGUACUCACUCUCGCCUCACGACACGGAGAUAUCCAGCUCGCUACCGAUGUCUUUCGCGUCCUGACCGAACGAGGUACAACGUUCACCUCGCAACACUAUGAACUGCUCAUAUCCACAUACCUCAACGCCAACGACCUGCAAGCAGCUCUGUCUGUCAUCCUCAUCAUGGUUGAUUCGAACUUGAAGGUCAAUUCUGGGACCUGUGAUCCACUCUACUGGUAUCUGUCCGCAAAACAUCACAACGAUGACAGCAGACCGAUGCAAGCCUUCAGAUAUCUGCAAGACUUUGAGACUUCUGGCCGCAAAGUUCCCACCGCUGCCGUUAACGCGUGCAUCAAAGCCAGCAUCGCCAACAAGCGCCUGGAAGAAGGCAUCGAGAUUUACAAAGCGCUGCACACGGUAUCUCAUGCUGGCCCGAACACAGAAACGUUCAACAUCCUGUUUCAAGGCUGCCAUAGAUCCGCCCGCAAGGAGCUUGCCAUGUUCUUUGCGAACGAAAUGGUCAAGCUGGGUCUCAAACCUGACCGCAUUACGUAUGAUCGUCUGAUCCUGGUGUGCCUAGAAUCGGGUGACCUGGAAGAUGCUCUGCUCUACUAUGAGGAGAUGCGGUCAACGGGCGCGACAACUGGCAAAAAGGGCCCCUUGAAGCCUAGAAGGAAGACGUGGGAGACAUUGAUCCACAGGUGUGUCUUGAAGGGCGACGAAAGAGCAGUCGCGCUGUUGAAGGAUUACAAAGCUAGUGUGGAGGAACCGCGAAUCGCAGUGGAGCGGGCUGUCAUCGAUCGCUUCGAGUAUGGCAUCAUACCGACCAAUCUAGCGGAGAUCGGACGAGCGACACCCGAACAGACAGCCGACGCUGUCAAAGACCGACAUGGCAAGCCGGAGGCUGGUCGAACCCCAGACGCUGACUCGGAACUGUCGGAGGGACGAAGUGGGGCGGAGCCUGAAGGAACGAGCUCGAGUGCGAACACCGAGACGGGGACGCAGAAAGCCGAAACUGUUGACGGGCUUUCACAGCUUAUGAGAGUUAGCAAGAGCACCAAGCAGUACUAG